AGUUUUCACACCCCUGAGUCAAUACUUUGUAGAAGAACCUAUUGGCAGCGAUUACAGCUGUGAGUCUUUUUGGGUAAGUCUCUAAGAGCUUUCCACGCCUGAAAUGUGCAGCAUUUGCCCAUGAUUCUUUUAAAAACUUUUCAAACUCUGUCAAAUUAGUUGUUUAUCAUUGCUAGAACACCCUUUUCAGGUCUUUCCAUAGAUGUUCAAGUCAAAACUAUAACUCUGCCACUCAGGAACAUUUACUCUCUUCUUGGUAAGCAACUCCAGGGAAAUGUAGAUUUGGCCUUGUGUUUUAGGUUAUUGUCCUGCUGAAUGGUGUAUUCAUCUCCAAAUGUCUGGUGGAAAGCAGACAGAAGCAGGUUUUCCUCUAGGAGUUUGCCUGUGCUUAACUCCAUUCAGUUUAUUUUUUAACCGGAAAAACUCCCUAGUCAAUUACAAGCAUACCUAUAACAUGAUGCAGCCAUCACUACGCUUGAAAAUAUGGAGAGUGGUACUCAGAAAUGUGUUGUAUUCAGGACAAAAGGUUAAUUACUUUGCCACAGUUUUUUGCAGUAUUACUUUAGUUCCUUGUUGCAAACAGAAUGCAUGUUUUGGAAUAUUUUUUUAUUCUGUACAGGCUUCCUUAUUUUCACUCUGUCAUUUAGAUUAGUAUUGUGGAGUAACUAGAAUGUUGUUGAUUCAUCCUCAGUUUUCUCCUAUCACAGCCAUUAAACUCUGUAACUGUUUUAAAGUCACCAUUGGCCUCAUGGUGAAAUUCCUGAGUGUUUUUUCCCCUCUCCGGUAACUGAGUUACGAAGGACACUUGUAUCUUUGUAGUGACUCGGUGUACUGAUACACCAUCCAAAGUGUAAUUAAUAACCAUGCUCAAAGGGAUAUUUAAUGUCUGCUUAUUUUUUUACCCAUCUACCAGUAGGUGCCCUUCUUUACGAGGCAUUGGAAAACCUCCCAGGUCUUUGUGGUUGAAUCUGUGUUCGAAAUUCACUGCUUGACUGAGGCACCUUACAGGUAAUGGUAUGUGUAGGGCGGCAGGUAGCCUAGUGGUUAGAGACUUGGACGAGUAACAGGAAGGUUGCAAGAUCGAAUCCCUGAGCUGACAAGGUAAAAAUCUGUCGUUCUGCCCCUGAACAAGGCAGUUAACCCACUGUUCCUAGGCCAUCAUUGAAAAUAACAAUUUAUUCUUAACUGACUUGCCUAGUUAAAUAAAGGUUAAAUAAAAAAUAAAAUAAACAGAGAUGAGGUAGUCAUUCAAAAAUUAUGUUAAACACUAUUACUGCACAGAGUGAGUCCAUGUAACUUAUUAUGUGACUGUUAAGCAAAUGUUUACUCCUGAACUUAUUUAGGCUUGCCAUAACUUAUUGACUCAAGACAUUUUAGCUUUUAAUUUUUUUAUUUAAAAAAUUUGAAAUGUCAAAAAACAAAACCACUUUGACAGUAUGGGGUAUUGUAUAUAGGCCAGUGACACGAAAUCUCAAUUUAAACAUUUUAAAUUCAGCCUGUAACACAAACAAAUGUGGUAAAAGUCAAGGGGUCUGAAUAUUUUCCGAAGGCACUGUACGUCUGAUUGAAUAAAGUUCACCGAACAGUUGGAUGACUCACUUCCUCCGACAUACAACAGAUGUGCUAUAUAUAAACGCGUGCUAUGAUAUGACUAAUACAUUAGCAACGCUUUUUAUUCAGAGCAAUAUUCAGCUGCUGCGCGGAAGGGGUGUCAUGCGACCUCUGGGUGUUAAACAACUCCCACAUUCAACAGAAACUUGAGUGAAACAGCAACUAUUCAGACAGGUUUCACCAAUAAUAAUGAGUAGAAAUAAAAACAAAGUCGUUGCUACUGAUUUCACUGAAAUUCCUGGAUGGAAUGUUGUUUUUCUGUACCUCCACAUACUUCUUCACUGGAAACCCAUCAUACUAAUUCCAGUGAAAAUCAAUGAAUCCACAAGAAGUCUGAAGGGAAAUUGCCACGGUACAGCUAGGCCUCCAUUUUGUUUCAGAGCCUUCCUGAAGUUUCAUUUCCAAUCUACCUCUGUACAAAGCCUUAUUCUGCUCACACCUCAGUCUUUACAUGAGAGGAUAAGCAGAUAAGACUAGCCACAGAUCUACACACACUUUGCAUCUCUCCACUUCAGAGGAUGAGAGGCAGUCUACAGUGGAGAGAUCACAAUCAGCUCCGACUACGUUCUGCACCGAUGGACACAGGUGACCUUGGGUCCCUCUUUACAGAGCAAAGAGCAUGAGAUACAUAACAAAAAACACAGCCUUUCAGGACCUAACAGAGCCUGUGUUUUCAUAUUACCAAGUAUAAGACAUCUAUCCAAUGCAUCAUGCUUUAGCUGGGACUAGUCCUGGGUAAUCUAAGACAGCUGAACACUGAUAACAUUAACUGAUGCUCUUCACUUUGCUACGGCCGGCUCGCCACUUUGAAUGUAUGGAAAUAGACUUAACAAUGGGAAGUCGAGAUGGGCCGACCCACUGAGUAUCUCGUCAUGAGAGAGAUGAGACUGUACAGAGAGUUAUAGACUACCACGGGAAAGAGUGAAGGGAGAGACAGGAAUCUCACGUACAAAAUAGCAACAGUAGUGUGUGAAGGGCAGAGGGAGCGAGGGGAACACAUGCCGACACAGAGGGAGGCAAACAAGACAACUAAACAAGAUCAGUUCGAGAGAGAGAGACUGAGUAGCUAACAUGGUCACCGUGAAACACUUAUCCAUCUACUCUUCUCUGUCCCUGGUGGUCCUGCUGAUACUGGGCUGUGUGCGAGAGUCCCAGGCCGGGGUGGUGGAGGACUUUAACCACGUGGAGCGUUGUAAGGACUCCCUGUACAUGGGAACCCCACCUCGGGGCUACCUCCUCGGUAACUCCCUGAAGAAGCUCUGCCAGCGCUACGAGGACAAGCCCCGCUUCGUCACCCUCUACGACCCCCACAAACACAUCCCUGUCUACUCAGCCUAUACCUUCAAGAAGUCCGAUGGCGAGAAGAGGGUCGACUUCCCCUGGAUGUUCGAGCCACAGUUGGCAUCAGAGAAGGGCAGUAGCAACAUGGAGCCGUUCCCCCAGUCCUCCUCCCACAUGCACAUGAACUUUGAGGACAGCCAGGCGGUGCUGGAGGACUAUGCUGACGUGGUCCAGUACGAGAGAGGGCAUCUCAACCCCGACGAGCACCAGGCUGAUCCCCUGGACAAGGCCUCCACCUACACACUGACCAACGUGGUGCCCCAGAUCCGUGAGUUCAAUAUCGGGCCCUGGGCCGAGCACGAGGACCUCAUCCGCAAACGCCUCAACAACUACUGCCGCGGCAAAGCCUACGUGAUCACCGGGGUCACAACCUCUGGGAACAUGAUCCGCCGUGACAACCUGGACCGCGUAGCCAUUCCCGAGUACAUGUGGUCGGCCUACUGCUGCACCGACUACGACCAGAACGCGCCCUACUUCCUGCGGUACAAGUUCCCGGCGUUCGGGGCCUACGGGCUGAAUGACCGCGUCAACAACCACCUGGUGGAGGUUCCGGUGAAGAACCUGGAGAAGUUCCUCAGGGGAAGGAUGGACGUGGACAAGAACUUCCAGAUCUUCUACAACGACUGUGUGCCUGACUCAUAGUGAGCAACCUUGUGAUAGUGAUUACAAUCAUGCCAGCCUCAAUGUCACCUCUACAUUGUCAUCUGCUUUCUGUAUCGAGUGGAUUGUGAAAAUAUGAAUGUAGCCUGUGGGUGAGUUGUUGCUUACAAGCAAUAAAGAUGAUCUUUCAAACCUUG